UAUUGUGGGUUAUAUCUUACAACACACAAUUAUUUAAAUGGCGGUAGACUUUUAUUAAACAAAAUUAUAACACGAAAAUAGACGUAUAAACACUAAAAGAAAAUAUAUGUAUAUACAGUAAGGAAAAAUAAAAUAAUCGAAGUAAACAUAAUACACGAUGACAACAGCGGCGGGGUGUAGCGGUCGUGUAGCGUAUCGCGGACUAGACAGUCUGAACUGAACUAACUGACUGACUGAUUCUUCCGAUAUAUAUAUAGCUCCGAUAAGGCUCUCGCUAAUUCUAGAAUAUUCUAUACCCGCGUAGGUUAUCUUAUGGCGUUAUCGAAGUUUCUCGAAGGUUUUUGAUAACGAGAACAUUCGAGAAUAUUCGUUGCGUAUGUUUUGGUCGCUACAUUAUUAAUAAACACACCUAUUAAAUUUAUCCAAUAUAUUUUAGCUGUGAAAAUGUCUUAAUUAGAUCAGUAAUUGUUCAGUGAGUAAUAUACAAAAUAAAAACAACACUUAAAAUGUUGAGUCAUAUUAAACACUCAAUAUCUGGUUCAUCAAAUUCCAAUAUUAAAGAAGAUAAUGUUUGUUUGGUACCAAGAUCAACAUAUAUUCCACCUGAAAUAGAUGAAAAUGAUGAAUCAAUUUACAACACUGGAAUAAACUGUGGAAUUUAUUUUGAACAAUUAAAUGAAAAUAUUAAAGUUAGUGGAGAAGAUAAACCAAAAAAAAUAGAGAGUUUUGAAGACUAUUGUCAAGCAUUCCCUUUAUUGAUGGAAAAUAUUAAGAAAUGCAAAUUCUUUAAACCAACUCCAAUUCAAAAAUAUACUAUCCCUAUAAUCUUGACAGGAAGAGAUCUUAUGGCCUCUGCACAAACUGGUUCAGGAAAGACGGUAUCAUUUAUUCUGCCUAUUAUACUAGAAAUUCUUUCUGGACCACAUGAUAUAAUAAAAAGUAGUAAUCAUAGUGAACCAUAUGUAGUCAUCAUGGCACCUACUAGAGAACUUGCUGUACAAAUUAAAACAGUAGUUUUGAAAUUAACUAGGGGUACUAGUAUUACAUCUUUACUUUGUUAUGGUGGUACUCUUGUUGAACAUCAAAAGACUCAAAUUCUUAAAGGGUGUCACAUACUUAUUGCAACACCUGGAAGAUUAAAUGAAUUCAUUCAACAUGGCUUUGUUUCAUUUUGUUCUGUAAAAAUAUUGGUUUUGGAUGAAGCUGAUAAAAUGCUAGAAACAGACUUAAAAUAUGAUGUCGAUAAAGUUAUUGACCAUCCUUCAAUGCCUUCAGUUGCCAAAAGACAAACAAUAAUGGUAUCAGCAACAUUGCCUGAUAUUAUACAGCAACUUGCAGCAUCUUAUUUAAAAAAAAACUACUUGUUUUUAUCUGUAGGCAUUGUUAGCAGUGCAUCUAGUGACAUUAAACAAAAUAUUUAUCACGUUAGUAAAUUCAAAAAACGUAAAGCUCUUAUUGAUGUACUAAAUAAAGACUUUAAAGGAACAAUUAUAUUUGUUAAAGAGAAAUGGACUGCUGACUUCCUUGCAACUUAUUUAUGUGAAAAACAUUUUCCUUCUAUCAGUAUUCAUGGAGAUCGCUUACAAGAACAGAGAGAACGAGCUCUUUCUGAUUUUGUUUCUGGAAAGAUGUAUAUUCUUGUUGCUACAGCUGUUGCUUCACGAGGUUUAGAUAUAAAAUGUGUAAAUCAUGUAAUUAACUAUGACAUGCCUGAAACAAUUGAAGAAUAUAUUCAACGAAUUGGUCGUACUGGUAGAGUUGGUAAUGUAGGGAAAUCAACAUCAUUCUUUGAUCCAGAUUAUGACUACCCACUAACACAGCCACUUAUCAAAACACUAGCACUCGCAAAUCAAGAAAUUCCUUUUUGGUUAAGUAAGCUAGGACAAGAAAUUAAGGAUAAUGAAAUUACAAACAAUGAUGAAGAAUUGGAAGAUACUGAUAUAAGACAAACAAUAAACAGUGUUGAUGAAGAAGAAAAUUGGUGAUGUUUUAUUUUAUAAAUAUAAAAAAAAAAAUUGUUAAAUAAUAAUAAUUUUAAAAAUGUUACUAUUCAUAAAAAAAGAAAAAUUAUAAUUAAUUAAAUAAAAACAAC